CAAGGACUAUUUACACAACCAUGAAUACCAUUGUCUUUAACAAACUGAGCAGCCAGGUCCUGUUCGAGGAGAAGGCUCAAGAGGUGGAGAUGAGCAGCCGAAAUUACCUGGAGGUGAUGGACGGGCAGCAUCCGGACCUGCUCUCUGUAAACCCGGGCAUUCGAGACAGCCAGGCCAACAGGCACAGGCGCAAUGGCGGGCGCCCGAGUGGAGGGAAGGUGCGGCACAAGCGUCAGGCGUUACAGGACAUGGCUCGGCCGCUCAAACAGUGGCUGUACAAGCACCGAGACAACCCCUACCCCACCAAGACCGAGAAGAUCCUGCUGGCCCUGGGCUCACAGAUGACCCUGGUGCAGGUCUCAAACUGGUUUGCCAACGCUCGGAGGCGGCUGAAGAACACGGUGAGGCAGCCCGACCUGAGUUGGGCUCUGAGGAUCAAACUCUAUAACAAAUACGUCCAGGGCAAUGCCGAGAGGCUGAGCGUGAGCAGUGACGACAGCUGCUCUGAGGAUGUGGACAACCCUCAGAGGACACAAAGCAGCCCCGAGGAGCUGAACAAACCCAUGUACCCGAGCGUGAUCAAGAAAGAGGGCUCCUCCAGGGUGGGCAUGGCCAUGGGGAUGAGUGCAGGGCUCCGGGCCGCUGCAGAGCCAGAGGACUAUGUGUCUCCCCCUAAAUACAAAAGCAGUCUGCUACACCGCUACCUGAACGACUCGCUGCGCCACGUCAUGGUGGCCAACGCCGUCAUGGACGCUCGCAGGAGGAACCACUCUGGCUCCUUCAGCUCCAAUGAGUACGAUGAGGAGCUGCUGUCGCCCUCCUCCUCUGAGGCCGAGGCCAACUUUGUUUAUCGCGCUGAAACCACAGACCAUGGAUCAAGUAAAUGUGACAAUAGCAGCGGCAGCAGUGGGGGGGCGGUGGUGCACAGGCACCGGGUGAAGGGCAGAGACGAGACGUACUGGAGGGAGAUGAACGCCGCCAUGGCCCUGACCAACCUGUCCCAGAGCAGCAACGACAGCCCCCCAGGGACCACCAGCUGCAUCAUCCAGAAGUCCUCCCACAUAGCAGAGAUCAAGACUGUCAAAGUGCCACUCAUGCCCAAGUACUGACCCACAGUUUACUAUGCAACGACCGGGACCAAAACACCAGUGCUGAGGAAAGACUCUUUUCUAAUGUUAACUUAUUUUCAUAAGUUUUAGAUUUCAUUUUUUUUGUACGCUAUGUAUUUGCCGAAGUGCCUUGGAAGUAUUACUGUGCCCAAUGUAAACUCUAUGUGCCUAUUUGAGAAAUAUGAGGUUUUUGAAAACUACGCUACAGUUGUGCCUUAAAAAUGUAAUGGCUCUACAGACAGUUGAAGUCAAUAUUGAGCAAUCUUUUUAACUUCU